UAAUAUGAUAUGUUUUAGAUUCUUUUUUUUCUUAAAUUUAGUGCUCAGUCGAAGAAGACGACUAAGAUUAUUUUCUUUUUUCUUAUAUAAAAAUGAGGUUUUGUUCAUUUUUCUAAAAAGGGAAAAAGAAGAAGAGAUAUCUCUUCUUUUGGUUGAGCCAGCUGAGGGAAAUAAAGCCAGGGUUUCCAUUUUUAGGUCAUAUUUGGGGAAACUAAAGAUGGGAAGAGGGAAAGUGGAUGUGAGGCGUAUAGAAAAUAAGAUAAACAGACAAGUGACUUUCUCUAAGAGAAGAGGUGGUUUGGUGAAGAAAGCUAAUGAGAUCUCAGUGCUUUGUGAUGCUGAUGUCGCUUUGAUUAUUUUCUCUAACAAUGGCAAACUCUUUGACUUCUCUUCUGAUUCUUGUAUGGAGAAGAUUCUUGAUCGAUAUGAAAGAUACUCAUAUGCAGAGAGACGUUUUCUUGCAAGCAAUUCUGAAGCAUCCGUAGAGAAUUGGAGCUUGGAAUACACAAAACUCAAGGCUAAGAUUGUUCUUCUGCAAAGAAUUCACAAGCAUUACAUGGGAGAAGAUCUGGAGUCAUUGAGCUUGAAGGACCUCCAGAACUUGGAGCAACAGCUUGAUAGCUCUCUAAAACUUAUCCGAUCCAGAAAAAAUCAGCUCAUGCAUGAGUCUAUAUCUGAGCUUCAUAAGAAGGGAAAGGCAAUACAAGAGGAAAAUAACAUGUUAUCAAAGAAGAUGAAGGAUAAGGAGAAGACAAUAGGACAGCAGGCUGAAUGGCAAGAGCAAAAUCAAGUCCCUAGUUCGACAUCUUUCCUCUUCCCACAACAAACUCCAUGCCUAAACAUCGGGAUAUUGUCAAUGGAAAGAACAAAUAUUAUUGGAGUGCUUGGGAGAAAUUAUGUUACCCUAAUGAAACUGGAAUUGGCACAAGAAGUCUGAGUGAUAUUGCUAAUACUCUUGCUGUAAAAAGAUGGUGGCAAUUCAAAACCAAAAAAACCAUAUGCGUUAAUUUUCUCAAUGCAAAGUAUUGCCCAGAAUGCACUCAGUUGGUAAGAAAUGGCAAGCUGGUAAUUCACAAGCUUGGAAACAUUUACUUUGGGCCAGAGACGAGUGAGAAAUACAUACAGUGGCACAUCAAUUCAGGUACUUGUAGUUUCUGGUGGGACAACUGGACAAAGAUUGGCCCUAUUGCUCAUAUUUGUCAAAACUACAUCAAUAAAAGCAACUAUAGAGCCAAAGUGCAGGAUUUCAUGGCGGACAAUAGGUGUAAUGCUCAUAAAUUGUACAGAACACUACCAAGUCAGGUAGCUCUGCACAUUAUAUCUAUUGAAAUUGGAAAUGAUGACAAUGGGGAUUAUGCAGUUUGGGACCUUACAGAGGAUGGUAAUUAUUCAAAUGGUUCAGCCUGGGAACUGAUCAGAAAGCACAGAAAUAUUGACACUUAUAUCAACAAAAUUUGGCAUAGAGAAAUUCCUUUUAAAAUGUCCUUCAUCUGCUAGAGAAUGUUUGUGGAUAAAUUGCCUUUUCCUAGAGCUUGGAAUAAUGCUAAUACUAGCACUCAAGACAGAAUUGACUGUGAUUGUUGUUAUAUUCCUCAGGCUGAAAAUAUGCAAUAUGUAAAGGUGGAAGGUAAGGCUGCAGAAUGCUUUUAGAAAGCUAUGGGUACUCCUCUUGGUAUUACUCAUCAUCAUAUGCCAAUUAGAACUGUCAUUAGCAACUGGUGGAAUCUCAAGCCUAAGAACAAAGUUCAUAAGUUGAUUCUGCAAGCUACUCCAGUGUUGAUAUGAUGGGAAAUAUAGAAAUCUUGAACUGCAUGUAGAUAUGGAGAUAGAAGCAGAUUUUAUCAAUACAAAAUGGUUACUCAGUGCACUUGAAAUAUCAAAGCAGUGAUACAAGAAGCAUUUCUUUCUUUUACAACAGAAGAAUAUUGGCCAAACUUAUGCAACAAAGUGGAAAGACUCUGUCCCAUGGUAAGAUAUACGCCAAUUGCUUGGGAAGAACCCUGCACUAGUAUGGUAAAACUCAAUACUGACGGGAGCUUCUUCAAUGACACCAAAAAGGUAUGGGAGCUGUUGUGAGAUCAUACAAUGGAGAUUUCAUUUUUGCUUAUUCAGUCCCAAUUGAACGCAGCAGUAACAAUUAGGCUGAAGCACUUGCUGCUAAGUAUGGUAUCACCUGGUGCAUUCAACAGGGACUUGAUAACUUGCACAUUGAAAGAAAAGGAUACCAAUGACUUGAAACUCAAACAUGUUAUCAAAAAGGAAGGUUUCCUAAACACUUGGUCAUUUUCCUUUGUUCCUCGGUAUUAAUUUUCAGCAUAUGGUGUGCCUCGAGAACCAUGUUGAAUUUCAGAUUUGUAUGCAUCUAUAAAAUAAAACACGGUUAAUUCCCUACC